AAAUCAAGGAGACGAUGGAAACUAAAGCCCUCUCAGUCGCUGAGGUGUUAUUGGGUCCAUCAGCAGGACAAAGGAGGAAGAAAACAAGUGGGAGAUUAUUAUUAUGAUGUGUGGCCUACUUUAGGAGGUCCACUCACUCCUCUUUGCACCUCCUCAAUCCCUCUCUCAUCCAAUAAGCAGGUGUGUGUGACUCACCUCAUACUCACAACUGGAUCACAAACAAACAGACUGUGUGUAUAAAGGCUACAUAGCUACAUGAAUGCACUCACAACAGCAGAUCUUUAUCAGCCAAAUAUAAAAGAGUUAAGGUUUAAAAGAGUUUGAGGGGAAAAUGAAAAGAGAUCAUUCUUACCUUUAUGGACACAUACCGAUAGGAAUGAUGGGAGAUCAACGUGCCGAUGACACAUCCAGAGGAAAACAUUCACAUGUAAGAUGUUUAAAAGUCAGGUGGAGUAGCGAGCAGCACGGGGAACAGCCAGAGCAGCAGCCGCGCGUUUCAGUUCUCCCCGCAGAUCGUCGAUGUGAGGCGCACUUUGAGGCACGUGUCAAGUCAGCGGCUUACAGACCGGAAGUACACUGAUUUGGACCUCCCAAAUAAAUGAGUCGCGCACACGCUUUAUAGUUUUUAACGGAGACCUUAUAGGCAUAUAUGUUUAAAAACUGACAUUUUUUAAAGCAUUUGACUGAUCGUUAACACCACUGCAAAGUCACAUUGAGCAGCUCUCUUUCAAAAUAAAAGGCUAAAUACUGACACAACAGAAAUAGGCUAGCGUAGUAUUUACAAACUGUAAAAUUCCCUGAAAUUUCGCAGAGAUUACGAACCCACACAGAAAUUAAUUUCCUUAAACUACAGACGAACACUCGUUUUAUGUGAAUAAAAAUGACAUUUACCUUUCUAAUGUGAUACGCAGUCAUUUGUAAAAAGAAAGACAGCAAAAUGCAUCGGCCUCUUCAGCUGAUACGACUUUUAUUUUGAGAUACGCGACCAGAAGUGGUGUGUUAUUGAGACGGCUAUCUUGACGUCAUCUCAAUCCGUUGUCUUUACGUUAGAAAACCAACUGUGCUCCGAUUUAUUUCUUCAAAAAAAAACGGAGGAGGGAGAGAGGGGGGGUGGGAUUCACGUGAAAGAGGAUUAGCUCGAGCCAUCUGUAGCGGCCGACUGAUAAACCGUGUUGCGUUCAAGAGCAGUUACUGACUCCGGUGUUUUUAAACAGACACUAACUAAAGAGCGGCGCUGUGUUAAACCAACCACUCCUUUUAGCUUUUAGCAGCCUUUUGUCAACUGUCAACCGAACCAGUCGCUAUUAAACCUCGGAAACAACAGGUGUCACCUAAACUCUUUUACCAAACAGCUAUGUGAUUAUAUCAUAGAGUGUUAUGGGUAACGAGUUACUGAAAUGUGAUAUUAUACUUAAUAAUAAUAGUAAUAUGACAGAAACCUGAAAAUUAACCGUUUUGCAACAAAGUAUCCGAACAUUCCAUCAGCUGCAACAAAGUAUCCGAACAUUAUCAGCUGCCUCACGCAGUACGUGAGUGCGACGUAAUCACGUAAGCGCACGCUCCACCCACGCGCCCGUCGUCUCCAAUGGCAACUAAACGCGUAUCGUCGCGUACCGAGGAUGGAUUCCCUUACUGAGAGUGAAAUAGCGCAGAUAGCGAGGCAGCAGAGAGAGGCCGGCGUGCCAAGGCUCAGCCGCCACUUCUCGUGGCCCGAGUUCUGCGACGAGCGGCGGUGCUUCCACCAGGAGUUCGUGUACGACGCCGCCAUGUUCGCCGCGGCCCGCGGCUUCCCCUGGCCCGCCGUGAUCCAGGCGGCGGCGGUUGCCAAAGGCAUCUUCCCACGGCUGGACGGUCCCGACGUACCCAGACUAUCGUCCCUGCUGAGAGACGCGCUGUCCGAGUGUUUGCUAAACCUCACCCCCGUCCACAGGCACGAGUUCACCCGGUUCCUCGCGGGCGCCUGCGUCGCCCGGCGGAAGCUCUUCCAGGCGGCGGUGGGCGGCGCUGCCGAGACGUCCGUCUCUCAGCUCCACCUGGAGGUGCAGUUGCCGCCCACGCCGUGUCCCCUAGCGCAGGUAACGAAGCCUUUGCGACGACUGACUACACAGCUACCAUUAACACAUGUGUCUGAUGUCCAUGUGCUGCAGGGCACAGAUCUGCAUGAGCAUCAAGAUGAGCGCACGAUGAUGUAACAGAAGGUCAGGGGUCAUUCCUGAGGGUGAACAGCAAGGACAAAGAGGUAAGACCCACAAAAAGAUAAAAAAAGAGUCUGAACCGAGAAGCCUCCUACGCUCUGUGACAUCCUGCAGCGGGCACCACCGGCCACAGGAAGGCUCCACAACCCCGCUCUUUCAAACAGGUCCUCACAAUGCAGACGCACCAGCUGAGGUGAAGCCACACACGGCAGCAAAAGAAGACAGAGGAGGUCUGGCGAUGCGGUGUGAGCAGCGGAUCUCAGCGAGUAAAGCCAGUUGGAGGAAAACACAAAUCUUAAAACUCAUUUAAUCUCUUGCUUGCGGGUGCUCGUGUUGUUGUGGUGCUUCUUGAAAUUUCGGAUGUACUUCAUCGUCCAAUAGGGAACCACAUCUAAUCACCUGUUUGUGGGCUGCUGUGCUGGACAUUUUAAAAAACAUUCAUUGUCAGGUUGAUUGUCAAAUACAAUGAGAAUAGACUUGUGAUUGGUUGCUGGUUUUAUUCAAGUAUUUAUUUAACAAAAAAAUUGUUUUGUUUUGACAGAAAAGGCUGUAAAGAAUAGUAUUAUAAAUAACAAACUUUGUUUCUUCACUACUUGACAGAUCUAAGCCCUUAAAGUACAGCUGCGAAACUGAAGGUUUCCAUUUCCCCAACCUCUUCCCAUUUCAACAUUCAUAAAUAUUCAAUGCAGAGGACGAAAGCAACAGUCAUAAUCAUUUAAAACGGAAAUCAAACAUACGUAAAUAUUAAAAGCACCUACGGUAGUUCAAAAGUGAAGUGGCUGUCAGAAAGCCAUCCUCGAACUCUGAACACUUAUUUUUCAUGCCAGGCAACUACGGUCCGAGCACCUUUAAACUAACCCUACAGAACAGUUUCCACUGCUUAUGCUUGCAGUACGUAUUGGGGAACGGCUGGGAGUGAAGCUCCUGCUCAAAGCCAGCUGGUUUUCAAGAUGGCGGCUUUUAAGGCAAGCAAAGUUAUCUGCAUACUCGCAGAUACAUAAAUACAUAGAUACAUAGAGUACAUUCACAGAGAGGACUCGACUCUCUUUAACAGUUCAGUAACUUGGCGAUCGUACCCAGCAUGCAUCUUGCAUCAGGUUGGUUUCACAUAAAAGAUGGAUGGAUGGAUGGAUGGGCAAGAACAGAGAGAUGAGCUGGACGGACGACAACUCUGGAAUGGUUUUAUGUCUCUGGUAUGGCGGGUCGUAUCUUGAAUAAUCUAAAUCCUAAUCCCCCUGUCUAAAUAUGUUUUAUUAAUUUAACUGUUUAAAGUGUGAUAGUGAGGGCUAGACGUCCUCUUAAAUAAAGCUUUUUUAAAAAAAAAAUUUUUAAAUUUAAAAUAGGGUUGCAAUCAAAUCUACGCGAGGCUCAGUAGGCUUGUGCUAGCUGGUUCCCCGUGCUGAUGUGAGUCAGCAUGGUCCGCACCAACUCUGAGAGGUCGUACCCGUGCUUCCAGCCCCAGUCCCGCCGCGCCGCCCCGUCCUCCAACGCCAUUGGCCAGCCGUCCGCUGAAAAGACACGGAGACAAUGGAAGGGAUUUAAACUCUGGUAGCAGUCGUGGCGGUAAAGUGGAGACAUCUUUAGACCCGGCGGUGUCACCUAUGGCCUGCAGGACCGGGUCCACGUUGUAGGUGAUCUUGAGGACGGGCAGGGCUUUCUGUAGCUCCCGGACGAGGUCGUGCGGUGUGAAGCUCGUGGCGUUGAUGUUGUAGGUGCGGCUGAGCAGUGACUCAGCGGGAGCCUCCAGGAACUCCAGAGUCGCCCUGAGACAGUCGUCUGGACGGGAAGACGGGAGGAAGACAAGAGAUGAAGGACAAAGAGGUGGAUCACAGUAUGACUAUCGUUCAAAAACAAGUCCGGCAUUACCGAUGUACAUCAUAGGAAGCCGCGUGUCACUGCGCAGGUUGCACUCAAAGCAACCCGUCUUCACAGCUGCGUGGAAGAUCUGGACCGCGUAGUCUGGGUGAUGGAAAAAAAACCAGAUCAAGAUUAAGACCAAACAACAUCAGAGCGCAGUAUAUCUCUUCUGUUUAAUUCGUACAAACUACUACCAACUACAACGGCUCGCUCCUCCCUCUUCAUCCUCGGGUAGGUCACACCUUAAACACUUUCCCCCCCCUUUCGACCUGCUCACCUGUGGUUCCUCCUCCAGGCUGGGAGUCGGCUGAGAUGAUGCCUGGAUACCUGAGACAGCGGAAAUCCAGCCCAUACCUGUGGUGGUAGUACUGACAAAGAGGCGUACGCAAAGCUUUAAGAAAAAACAAAACACUUUGUGGUAAAAUGCAUGAAGGUGUUUAAAAACCGCGUGUCCGUGCCGUCGCGUCUCACCUCGCCCAUCAGCUCGGCGUGGACCUUGGACACGCCGUAGAUGGUGCGCGGCCUCUGCACACACAGCUCGGGCGCAGGGUCCCGGGGCGAGGACGGACCGAAGGCACCGAUCGUGCUGGGGACAAACAGACGCAGACCAUGUUCGGUUGCUAUGUCUAAUAUGUUAUGGAGACCUAUAAAGAGAGAGAGGCUGCGCAUAAGUGUCUGCGUUAGGGUGGCUCUAAUCGCUGCUGCGAACGUGCCUUCAGGAUCCGCAAUAGAGCAGCUUACCUUUGGUAGUUUCGGCGAGUGCGCGCACGUACCUGUGAUGUUAACCUCUUUGGCCAGCGCGACGUUGUUCUCCCCCACAGCGGACAGCACGGCCGAGUAGUGAACCAGCCAGCUGAUGUUGUUGUUCACCACGAUCUCCCUGAGGUUCUUAUAGUCCAGGAUGUCUGAGAAGAUGAACGGACCUGCGGAGAGCACACGUGCAUGAACACUUUCAUCCAAGCUUUUUUUUUAUGGGGGUGGCAGAAUUCCAGAGUAGGUUGUACUGGAAUACACACCAUUGUGGUAGACGUGGUUGGGGGGUUUCCUGAUGUCAGACAGGAUCACGUUGUUCUUUCCAAAGCGUCUCCUGAGGGUGAAACAUCAGCAUAGGUCAUAGGUGACAAAAUGGCAACUGAAGAGGAGACUGCUGGCACUAAACAUUUGAAAUCAGAGCUUUUCUCCACACUCCUUACCUCAGCAACUUGGCGAGCCCCACCCCUAGCUGACCAAGCCCUCCUAUAACGAUAAAAAAAGUAAAAAGUAGACUGUGUUUUGAUAUUAUAGAAGGAAACGUCCUAAAAACAAACAGAUAUAGCGACACAGAGAAUGACCAACCAGUGAUGAGGACUUUGGGGUGAUCGGUAUCAGCGCAGGACGGGGGAUGAGUUUUCCCAAAGUGUCGCGAGGAUGAGCUGACGCCGCGUGCUGCCGAGAUCACCCUCUGGACGUUGCACCGGGGGCCGCUCCCAGCAUGCUUCACUGCGCCCCUCAGCAACUGCAUCACCGGCAUUGCGCACCUUCCGCAAACAUGAUAUUUAUGGUGCAUCUGCUACCAUGGUGCACAGCAGUAAAGUUACAUCACUACUAAUUAACGCGCUUGUGUUAAGGGCAUGAGCGUGUCGACACCCUGAUGUACAGAGCAGUGUGUGCUUUUCUAAAUUAAUAAAUGUCCACGUUGUCAUAUGUAUUAAAUUGUAUCAUUAAAUCUGCACAUUACAUGUGAUCAGAUCUGAUUUCUUCCGCUCUCUCCGACUGGUUCUCUAUUUUCUUGUUGCUUCAUCUUGGGGUUUUAAGUAGUCUUACCGAUUAGUCUAAAGGCAGAAGUUUAAAGGCACAUGUUGUGUGUAUUUAUUAUGUAGGACCAGAACUCCACUACAAGUGAAUGGAGUCUUGUCUAAUCCCAGCACCUAUGUAAGAUUAGCUUCUCCCAGCCUGCUGCUGCUGACUUUAUCUAAAUAUAGACUACUUCCUAUGUAUUCCAGACCACCCUUUAAUCAUAUGGGGGGCAAGUCCGAAAACAAUGCAAUCCAGCAUGUUAGUAGCCCUGCAAUUGGUAUUAAGUUCAUGUAUGGUGUAUUGCAAUAGUUACGUAUUAUGGUCUUUUAACUGCGUAACGUCAUGCAGUACUGAUAUUACAUAUUCAGACUGUUUAUGCCGAAUUUAAAACGGCAACGUUACCCACGCGUUUAUUUACGUCCUGUUUUAAGAGUUGGUCGUGUUUUCUUUACGACUUCGACGUGACCUUCUCGCCGUAAACUGCACUUGUGUUGAAACACGAACGUGCGGAACUGACGUUAGCCACGCAUUGACCAUUUGAUAAUGGGUAACGUUAGCCUAGCUAUCGUCUAAGUUAACCGUCUGACAUGAACUUUAGCUGAAGCUCUUAUGCUUUACGUGCAACGGUUGCAGAGCGGCUCACAUGAGAAACGUAUAGUGAUAUUACGUUAAUUUCUUACUUUAAUGUGACUCGGGAACAAUGAAAAGACGACUCGGGACUCCUUCAACCAGCCAGUGUUUUGUGUUG